AUGUUACUUUUGUUUCAGGUGAGUCCUGAAUACAAGCCCCUUUUGCUGUGGUUCCAAGGUGGUCCAGGGAAGUCGGCACUGUACGGCCAGUUUCUCGAAAAUGGCCCUCUGGGAAUCGACGUCGAAGGAAAAUUGUUCCGUAGAAGGCCCAGCAUUUUAUCCGAUUUCAACGUCGUCUACCUGGAUGCGCCGGCAGGCUCGGGAUACAGCUUCAGCAAAGUGGGUAGAUACCCCCUAACACUUGAAGAAGCUGCCGAACACACCAUGAGAUUUAUGAAGGGAUUUCUCCGAAUAUUUCCCGAGUACAAGGAUACAUACUUCUUCAUUGCUGGAGAAUCAUAUGGAGAAGGAAAGAAAACCUUGUUCGAGGAACUGACAGGUUUCCAGUCCCACGGAAGCAUCAUAAGAGAUCAGAGACCAGAAAAAGUCAAAAAAUACAUGGCGUACGCAAACAGUGCGGAGUUUAAGAGGAUUAUACACGUUUCCCCCACCAGAGUCCUCGAUGGCACCAGAGCUAAACUGGCAAUGACCUUAGCUGUAGGAGACUUCUUUAUCGACAAGACGCAGACACUGGCGGACGUUCUCAACAACGUGCACGUGCUCUUCUACACAGCACAGUUGGAUGCUGUAUUCCCUGACAACUCUGCCGACCUGAUCUUUACAGUACCUGAUAUAAAGUCAUCAAACAUUUUGGCAGCAAAAAAGAAUAAAAGCCGAGUGUGCUUACCUGAACCUUGCUCCAAUGUGGAAGCAUACUCCGGAUUCAUCAAAGUUGACAAAUAUAGCAACUCUUCCCUCUUUUUCCUGCACGUAAAAUCACAGGAUGAUGCCGAUAAAAAGCCCCUUCUCUUGUGGCUCCAAGGCGGUCCCGGAAAAUCGUCCCUCUUCGGACAGUUUCUUGAGAACGGACCCCUUGGUAUAGACGCCAACGGGAAACUCUUUUACAGGAACCAUACCAUCGCAAACGAUAUGAAUAUAAUCUAUUUGGAUCAGCCAGCUGGUUCGGGAUACAGCUUCAACGACGGUAAAAAUUAUGCCAGCACACUCGAGAAUGCUUCCAACCACAUCAUACGGUUCGUGCGUCGAUUUGUUAGAAUAUUUCCGGAGUACAUCGCAAGAGACUUUUACAUUGCUGGGGAGUCCUACGGAGCAAGGUUCGCUGUGGGAUUGGCGAGCGAAAUGUUGAAGAACAAGUCCUUGGUCCCCCUAAAUCUGAGAGGAGUGAUGCUUGGCGUCGGAUUCUUGUUUCCGGUUGUCGACUUGAUCGACUCUAGCGACUAUCUUUUUUCUUCGGGAUUACUUGACCGUGAUGGCCAAACGUCUUUCGCUGAGCAGUUUCAGGUGAUUAAUGAACUUGUAAACAAAAAAAAUUACACCGCGGCCGCUGUUCUGCUCAGCCGCACUGUCCUGAAUACUGCUGCCGAAGUGCCCAUGUUCGUCCUUCCCUCGGUGGUCUUGUCGGGUCGUUAUCCGUGGUCCAGCGGCAAUCCCUGA